GUUCUUGACUUAGCAACGGGUACUGGGAUAUGGGCAAUGGAUUACGCAGACACACACCUAGAUGCGCAUGCUAUCGGGGUUGACUUGAGCCCAAUUCAACGUCAAUGGACGCCGACCAACUGCGAAUUCGAAAUAGACGAUAUCGAGGAAGAUUGG